AUGGGAAAUACCGAAAGCAACGUUACCAGCGGCGUUAAAAAGCAGGCCGGAGUUUCCACUCAGGCACUGUACAAGUUUGUCAAUCUGAAAGGCGGUGGCCUGCUGGUGGACAUAAUGAAACGAGCAAUCCAAAACAAACAGUACGCGGAGAUCGAUCACGCCAUCAAAACCAAGGUGGAACCGUUUCUGUACAACAAAGGCAAAGGCAAGUACAUUCCGGUGGCGCAGUUGGUGCUGUUGAGGAAUCGGGAGCGACCGAGGCACAAGCAGCUGCCGGAAAUUCGAGCACUGGAAAAUCCCGAAGAAGAUUACGACAUUGAUGCAUCCUGUCCGGAUGUGAGCGAGGGCGAGUACCAGCGGAACCCGUCCGGGUACAGGGAGGUGUGCUGGAACAUCAAGGAACGCGGAGCCGUUGGCGAGACCAUUCUUCAUCUGUGCCUGUUGAAUGCUACGUCGCUGCAUGCCGAUCUGGCUAAGCGGUUGCUACGGUUUUAUCCGAAAUUGAUUAAUGAUAUUUACAUGUGUGACGAGUACUACGGGGAGAGUGUUCUGCACGUUGCGAUCGUCAAUGAAGAUCCGGCCAUGGUUAAGUUUUUGUUGGAUAGUGGUUCGGAUGCUGACGAACGGUGCUGUGGGACGUUUAUGUGUCCCGAGGAUCAGAAGGCAAGCCGGUACGAUUCCAUUGAAACGGAGAUCAUUUGUGUGCUGCCGAUGACCAACUACGAUGGUUACGUUUACUGGGGGGAGUAUCCGUUGAGCUUUGCUGCUUGUUUGGGUCAGGAGGAAUGUUAUCGGCUUGUUCUUGCAAGGGGAGCUGAUCCGGAUAAUCAGGAUUCGAAUGGAAAUACUGUACUGCAUAUGCUGGUGAUCUACGAAAAGGUUUCGACCUUCGACAUGGCGUACGAGGUGGGAUCAUCGCUGCACAUAAGAAAUUUACAGAAUUUAACGCCGUUGACGCUGGCAGCGAAGCUGGGUCGGGUGGAAAUGUUUUUCCACAUUAUGAACAUUGAGCGGGAGAUCUAUUGGCAAUUGGGGAGCAUAACGUGUGCCGCCUAUCCGUUGGCGUUGAUCGAUACGAUUGACAUCGAAACGGGAAACAUUGAAAAGGAUUCAGCGCUGAAUUUGGUGGUGUUCGGCGAUAAGGACGAGCAUCUGGACCUGCUUGAGGGAGUGCUGAUCGAUCUGCUCAAGACCAAGUGGAACACGUUCGUGAAGGAUAAAUUCUACCGCCAGUUUAUUGUGUUUUUCUGCUACUUUUGCGUUUCGCUGGUAAGCUUCACCCUCCGGAAUGGACCGGUGAAGCUCGACGAUGCCGAAGCGAACCGUACUGCCGCGAAUACUCAAACGAAAAAUGGUUCCGAUUUGGGGAAUGUUUCGCUGACAACGCUGCUUGCGGGCGAGAUUAGUUUGAAGAUUGUUGGGCUUAAUGCGAGCGAUGCCUUUUUCGAUCCGGCGAGUUUGGGAAAUAAUAUUUUUUUCAACUCCAAGUGUCCCACGAUGGCGUACGAUGGUUUGCAAGGAAAGCUACGGCUGGUUUCGGAGAUUAUCAUACUGAUUGGGGCGUUUGUUUAUCUGGUUGCCGCUUUGAGGGAGUCCCGUUUCUUAGGACGAAAGAUGUUCAUAGAGAAUUUGAUGACGGUACCUUCCAGGGUGAUGUUUUUGUUUUCCUGCUGCAUUAUGAUGAUUGUUCCGUUUUUGAAAGUUCUGUGUUUCACCGAACUAGAGGAUCACGUCGCCGUAGUGAUUAUGCUGACCACAGCUCCUUACUUUCUCUUCUUUUGUCGAGGCUUCAAAACGGUUGGUCCAUUCGUGGUGAUGAUCUACCGCAUGGUGAUAGGAGAUUUGUUGCGAUUCGUUGUCAUCUAUCUGGUGUUCGUGAUGGGCUUUUCGCAGGCCUAUUAUAUUAUUUUCCUUUCGUACAAAGGCGAAGAGGAUAGCGACGAAAAUCCGAUGCCAUCGCCAAUGGAGUCCGUUGUGGCGAUGUUUCUGAUGUCGUUGACUAACUUUGGCGAUUACUAUGCAGCACUGGAGAAUACCGCUCACGAGGGUUGUGCCAAGGUUCUGUUCGUCAUCUACAUGGUGAUCGUGGCCGUUCUGCUGGUGAAUUUGCUGAUCGCCAUGAUGGGCAACACGUACACGAAGAUUGCGGAAACGAAAAACGAAUGGCAACGCCAGUGGGCCCGGAUCGUGCUGGUAGUGGAGCGAGGCGUUCCACCGGCCGAACGGCUGAAGAACCUGAUGGGCUACAGCGAACCGAUGUCGGAUGGACGCCGAGCGUUGGUGCUCCGCUUGAGCAUGACCGAUGAGGAUAAGGAGGAGAUGAAGGAAAUCCUUGAAAUGAAACGAGUGCACGAGCGGUUGAAGAAGAAACGACAGGUCGAACGGGAAGCGCGCGCCGAGAAGCGGCGCUUGAUAAUGGAGAAAUUUGCAAACGUACCGUAG